CGGGAGUGUAAGAAGGAAGGAGAUCAUGGAAGUCGUGAACGAAGAGUAGUCGGACAACAAGUUCAAACGUUAUCUGAUAAAAGCACGAAAUUCUUAGAUAAGAUAAGAUUAAGAUCGGAUUAUCACGGCAACGUUGCCGGGUCUGCCGAAGGUUACUCAUUUGGCCUCCCCGUUGCCUUUCAGCUUCCCUGCUCCUAACCACCAUGAACGAUACCUCUCUUUGCAGCGACGCUACUUACGAUAUAUCAGAUUAUCCUCAAUCUCCUGGAGUGUCUGAGGAUAGCCUCUCUGACUCUGACUGGCUCGACAUCGCCAGCAAUCGCGAGUCCGAUGACAAUGAACGCUCCUCCAUGAGCAUCGGUAGCUCCAGAGAUGGCGAAGUAGAUGCUUGGGAAGGCUUUGUUGAUGAUAGCUCUGAUGAAGGUCAUUUCAACGAAUUCGAGUCGAUAGGGGCAGUGGCGGACGGUCCAAUCAUGGGACCCCUCCUCGAUUCAGAAGGGGAGGAGCAGCGUGUCAGAGAGGCCUUAGAUCAAAGCAUGAUAAGCACAUUGGGUGCCUCUCGAAGCAGCUCACGUCCCUCUACUGUUCACAGCUCCCUCCGAGACCUGAAGCUGUCUUUUCCCGAUCCCCUUACCAGUUCUCAUGAACAAUUGAGCGGUUCAUACGACAACGUGUCUUCGUCAAACCACGAGUUACUUUCCUUGGAGGCUGAAGAAGCUUGUACUGAAGCCAUUGUGAAUGACUCGUUGCCCGUCGUGGAUCCAGGCCUGUUACCCACACCCGAGAGUCCUACAGACACCCGAGAUAUUGAUUUUGGUGAUGUGGACUAUGACAUUUUUUUGUAUGGCUCUUCGUCCACUGUCAAGUGGACCGUAGUCCACGACUUGCUGCGAAAGGCUUCCGCUGGAGCCGGCAUCAGUCUCACUUCCAUUGAUCAUACGGCCUUAGGCUCUGUGCAAUUGCUUCAUUUCUCUAUUGCGGAGUCCGCAGAUAUCUUCAAGUCAGUCGCUAUUUACGACAGAACUGGUCAAGAUAUUCCGAGUUCGGAGACUUCUUCGAACCGGCCUUCUCUUGGGAUUUUUUAUCUUCCUUGCGCAUCCUUCUCUUUUCUUCCUUUGCAUACUUUUCAUCUCCCUGUUGCUGCACCUCUUCCGGGCGAAGAUAGGGUCGGCCCGGAUGUUCUUGACCGCGCAGAAUCUGCAUGGUCUGAACUACGUAUACCGGCCGAGAAGGUUCUACAUGUGCAGAAGGGCUCACGUUCUCCAGUCCUCUGCAUGGAAGAAAUUUCACGGCUUUCUGCUGUUGAUGUGUGCAAUGGCAUGAGACAGAUCACUGCCAAGAAGCGUCAAGGCAAAGGACUGUCCGAACAUUUUACCUCCGUCCACGCAGUCACGUUUUUUGCGCUUCUGUCCUUAAUCAUCGGAUUCACCGUCAAUACUGUGUUUAGCUCAGCUGUGCCAACUCCAACCGCCAGAACGCAUACUCCUGCGCCCUUCUUGAAUGCAUUUACCAACCAAUCCUCCUCGCUCUCCCUGCGCCUUUCUACAAGCAUUGCGGUUGUUCCUCAGUCUGCGUCACUGUCUUUGUGCAGUCGAGGUUCCACUGUUAUCUCAGCCAGUGGUAGCACAUCGCUGGGACGGAUUGCUCAGGCCGCCGAUUCUACCCCAGCUAUUAAGCACAAUGACCCAUCUGAUGAGUGCGAUUGCAAGCCUCUCAGCUGGUCUGAGAGAAUGGGGUUAUCAAAGGAUGUUGUCAUCCGUUCGCCACCACCUGUUACACUGCCCAUCGUGGCGCCCAAAGAACUGUCCAAGUCAGCCGAAUCAUUUGCAUCGCUCAGCAUUCGUGCCGUGGAUUCGCUUUCGCUGAUCUUGGAUUCUACCAUGAAGGCAUUGAUCGAGGCCGUCCAACACGAUUUGAAGGAACUGAUGGAGGCGAUUGAUGAGCUUUCCCGAGCGAUCAGACGGCAAACAGAUACCAUCUUUGACAAAUCCAAAUCAACAUCUCAGGUUGUGCGGGAGGCUGUCAAACACCGUCAUGAGAGAGCGAAGGAUAAAGCGAAGGAAUUGAAGGAGUUCGGAGGCCAAUUAAUAUCAUAUGCAGGAGACACACUGAUGGGACGGACGCGAGUCGCGCAACAGAAAGCUCAUAAGUUGAAGGAGAACAUGUUGGCUUCGGAGACGUGGCGAAUAUACCAGAAAUCCCGUGGUCAUUGGAAAUCGACUUUGACGCAAGGUACAGUGGCACAGGAGAGGUCUGAGGAAGGUAAGAGAACGUUAUUUAGACGUUCCUGAUUUGUGGUUCCUUUCAUUUACAUACGGUAAGAAAUGUUCUAGUACUUGUAUAUCAUCACCAUGCAUCAGCACAAUAUAUGAGUAUGGCUAUGGCUAUGUCAGGGUGUAUCUUGUGAGCGGCUUUCGCUCUGAUUAGACAGGCAGAAUGUUGCAUUUUUGUUCUGGACUGGUAGAGUCAGGGGGCCAUCAUUGGAUGAUGUUGAUGAGCGGGCAAGCUAAAGUCGAAAUAGUGACGGAUGGAACGGAGAUUUUCUGCUCACGAUUGAUGCGGGGGGC